AAAGUUAUUAUUGCAUGUAUUGUCCAAUCUCUAAGUAGUGUUAAGUGGCGUGUACGAGGUUGGUUUCCGCAUAUCUCCGUAAUACCACAAUGUACUAUAAAGGAAGCCUCUUCAGUCUAUGAUGCUAAUAGUCAGGAGGGCAUAUUUGGAGCUCACUUAAACAGCUUUAGUAAAGUCCUACAGGUCCUCUUUGGUCUCUGCAGCCUCCCCUACCUCUAGCUCCAUCUCUCUUCUCUUUCUAGAGCAGGUCGCAAGAUAUAAAGUACAGCUAUCAGUCUCCAUCGACCAGUACAUACAGCAGGUGUGAGGUACAGCCGGCUAAGUGCACGCUAGAAGGCAUUGGAGUGUGAAUAAACUUUGGAGUAGUGUUUGAAGCCAUAAAGAUAAGGAGAAGCACUACCUUAGCUCACUGCAGCCCCCUUGCUUGCUUGCUCAGCUACAGAGACAGAAGCAAGCUAGAAACAAUAGGCCAGGAUCCUUUACAGCCUAGUAUGUCCUUAGCAACCACAGUCCAAACAGUACAGUCAAGCAGAGGUCACAUGGCUAUGUCCUAUAUACCAGAAUCAGUACCAACAGGGAUGACUAACUUCAUGACUGCUGGAUUCCCCCAUGGAGCCCACAUCUUCCCUGGACAGUAUUUCAAUGUGAACGCAGCAGCAGCAGCUGCCGCAGCUGCUGGAAGAAGACCAGGAGAAAUGUCUCCAGCAAACGGGCCAGGACCGCAUCCUUUCUUUAUACCAUCAGCCGGCCACCAUGCUGCUCCAGGACAGGGACCUGCAGGACACCAGGCAUUCCCACUAGACGUUGCAUAUCAACAAUAUCCUCACCAUUUCGACCAGAAACCUUCAGUAGCGCAGGACCAGAGAGACAUUGCUAAUGCCUUGCUACAGUUAAACGCUAGUUCAGGAUCAAGCACUCCUCAGGCCUCUACUCCAACCUCUUCCUCCUCCUCCUCUCUCUCCGUCCUUUCUAAACUAAACGGCUUCACUACUACUAAUAACCCAGGGAGUGAAGAAGAUGGUCAAUCUUCUCCUGUAGAUCUACUACAGACCCUUAAGCAUGGUUUCCAUCCCUCUCAUUCUGAUACAGGCUCUCCUCCUGGUACUGUGACAGCGAUCGGGUUCGACACCAGGUCUGGCUGUAGACAAUACGAUGGAAGAUUCGUUCAAGAUAUAAAACCAGUUUUUCAGUCUCUGUCCCUUCCUAACAUACACCACAUGAAUGACGGGAGGGGCUCCGCCGAAGGGACUCCUAUUGCUCCUCCCGAUCUCAGUAGCCCGAUGUCCGAUAAGAUAUUUUCAACUCCACCUCCGGGAAAGCAAAGACGCUCUAGCAGUAAGGGUAACAAUGUUUGUCAGAUUUGUGGCAAGAGCUACGCACGUCCGUCUACUUUAAAGACUCACAUGAGGACCCAUAGUGGUGAGAAACCUUAUCGGUGUGACAUAUGCGCCAAAGCAUUUACUCAAGCAGCUAAUCUCACAGCACAUUUGAGGACCCAUUCCGGCGAGAAACCUUUCAGCUGUCCAAUAUGCCAAAAGAGGUUCUCUCAGUCUUCGUCCGUUACAACCCACCUCCGAACUCAUUCUGGCGAAAGACCGUAUCGCUGCGACUACUGUGGGAAGUGUUUCGCUGAUACUUCGACUCUCACUAAACACAAGAGGAUACACAGCGGUGAAAAACCUUACAGGUGUAAAAUAUGUAAUCUUGGUUUCUCCCAAUCUGGCAACCUUCAUCGUCAUAUGAAGACCCACAAUAACCAGCUAUCUGCUCAGUUAGCAGCUGUCUAGUGGAUAACCCCUAGGCGCCUGCUUUCUGUCUUAAUUAGCGUGCUUGCAAUAUCUGCCUGUGUUGUAGUUCUUCUUCGACCAUUUACAGCUGCUCUCUCAUCUUGACAUCUUCAAAGGAAGGUGUCAUUUCUCUACCUCUCUAAUCACAUUCAUUCAUAUCCACCAGUAACAAGCAAUCCACCAUUCACAAGUUAACAUUUUGGAGGUAUUUUGGCUUUUUAAAAUUAAAUGUAUUUAUCCUUUUUGUGACAGUAAAAUUCACCUCUCACUCACUCACUCUCUCUCCUGAUUAUACAUGUCAAUUGUUCAUUUCCAAUCAUUAUUCAUCAGUCAUUUCACACAUACACUACUCACCUGUGUCUCCUCAUUCCCAUUCUAACAUGUCCAUGCAUUAUUGUACUCAAACAGCUCAUCACAAUCAUCAUCCACUCAUUACAUGAUAUAGAUUUAAUAGGACUUACUAAUCAUUUUUAACAAUUUAUCUCUCCCCCCCCCUCUCUCUCUUUAUUGCUAUUUUAUGAUAGUUUGUGUUUUAUUUUUUCUAAUGAUCACAAUUUUCAAUAUUAACUAUCA